AUGGAGGAGUUUCUGCGUGGUCUCCACUCCGACGCGCUCGUGGCGUUGCUUGAGUAUUUCGUGGCGUACCGUAUUCAUUGUCUAUUUCGUCCGAAGCAUCACAGCAGCAGCGAUGGGAUGUCGUAUCUCUGUGAGGCAAUGCUUUUGGCGCUUGCUCACCGAAGUGUGGAAUUGUCAUCGAAGCAUGUGUCAUUUAUCGGGGCUCUUUGCUGCGCAUCCGGCGUGGACGCUCACCUGUUCCCGUUGAUUCUGUACCGGUGUCGACUGUCACUUCGGCGAACGCAAGCCGUUCAGACAUUGCGGGCGCUUUGUAUGAUGCGGUGCCACGCUGUUGACACGCUGACGUGCGGUGAGGCCGUUUGCACCUCCGCACUGAGCUCGCUGCUGGUGCGCUGCAUGGAUCUCGAGCCGCUGCAUGAGGAGUACGACACGCAGCAGCUGCUCUGCCACGCGCUCGUGCGGCAGUUUAGCAGCAUUCACAACGACAUUCGCACGGCGUGUCUCUGGCGGGUUCGGCGAGGCGGUAACCGCAGCGAUGUUGUGCUGCGCUCGCCGGUACUAGAGGUGACGCUUAAUGCCUCUCCCUCACCGCCCAACGCUUUUGCAGGAAUGGAGAUGGCGAGCCGCUCGCUCGGUCUGCCCAGGGUUGACAGGACAUAUCUUCACGCACUCGUGGCACGAGCGUCGAGCGUUGACCACCUUGUUAGACGAGGGUCUGCAGCUCCGCUGGGGGAUCCAGCAUUGGCGCUCCACCAGCAACUGCCGGUUGUGAAGCAGCUCCAUGGGGAAGCGAAGCUAGCGGCGCUGGAGACGCUCUCGCAUCGGGUACUGGAGGUGCCGCGGCUUCGCGUCGUGGUGGGUCUUGCCGACGCUGUUCUGCACUGCUGUCCAUCGCUGAGUCAGGUGGUUGUCCACCGUAUUCUGCAGCUAAGCUGUGUCGAGGGUGAAAUGGAGGAGGCGGGGUCGCUAUCCACGCUAACAGCACUUCAUCAGCUUCUGCCCCAGAGUAAUGUAAUGGACGUGUUGGAAUCUGUCAUGGUGCAAGGAAGCAACGAUAAGCGAGAGGGGGGUGAAUCAUUAUACUGCAAUGUGGGCAUGUGUUUGCCAGACUCUCUCGUAAAGUGUCUGGCUAUGCAUUUUCCGUUGAGAUUGGUUCCUGCAAUGUUUCAUCGUUUGUAUCGUCAGCGGGAGCUGGCGGCAUUUCAGUUGUCUCCAUUUGUGCUCCGGGUGUUGCUGCAGGUGCUGGAAUACAUGGAGCUCGAUUCCCUCAACCCGGAUGGCUACUCAUGCAUCAAUACAUUUGUAAAACAGGAACGACUCAAGGCGGCGCCUCAGAUUGGUAUCGAAAAAAAGUUGACAGAAAGCAGCACACUGCUGACGGCCAUUGAGAAGUGUGCCGCGCUAAGGCGACGCGAUGCAGGUACAACCUCAGCAGUUAGCAGUGCUGCUGCUUCUCUUACUCUUACAUCAACAACGGCAGGAUCACUUGUAGGUCAUUCUGAUGCCAUGGACUCGAGCAGCGUGGGUAUCGCCACAAGCGCGCUCCGAGUAAUGUUUGGGGCAAGUGCAGUGAAUUUCGUGACGCCAGAGGCCGCAGUGCGGCACCGUGCGUCGCUCUCGUGGCUGUAUGCCAUCUACCGCAUGUCUGUUUCUUUGCUGUGCGAGUUAGAGGCUCUCGCGGCCCUAGCCGUUUGUCAAGGGACGCAGUUACAGAUCAGCGAGAAACAGCGCACACUCGUUGAGCUCUCUGAGUCCACUGAUGGAAGUUUGGCAGUGACAGAUGUGGAUGAUCAGGUAGACACCUGUAUCAAGGUGGAAGGGGAGCUGCGUGCGUGCGCCGAGGAGUGGCUUCUGGGUGGAGAGAGUAGCCGCGAUGCGUUCAGGCGGUUAGUCAUGGUAGCAGAGGCCCAAGAGUUUGCUGCGUCGUUUGUCAGUUACGCCGCGCUCUCUCGGCACGAUGCUGCUGAGAUGGAAGAGGUGCGGCGUCACUUGUGGCCUUCGGCCGCUGUGCUUUGCCGCGAGAAACGCCGCUAUGGUAAUGGUACGUACAAAAUGCCUCGCUGUACCCGUCAUGGCAGUGAGGCAUUAGGUGCAGCUGAUGGUGCCCACGUUGACGGAGGAGGAGGAGGAGGCGGCGAUGGUAGGGUUGGUCAAGAGUCUCUUGUGGAUGACGUGGUGGCUGCAUCCACUAGCGCCAUUUGUUUUGUCAAGCAGGAAUGGGGUGAUAACGCACCUGAUGUAGUUGGUGCUGUGUGCCUUUGGGCUUAUGUGGAUCUCCUCUUACUGGAGAAGGACACCACAAUGAGGCUGAAGUAUUACGAGGAGUUCCUGCACCUGUGCCAGUGCGGGAGCCACAGCACAUUCCUGCAGCACACACCCGAAAGCAUCCACCGGGACAUGUUUCUGUUGACUGGUGGGAAGGGUCUGUGGAUGCAGGGACUGUCGCUGCUACACCUUGCCGAGGGUCUGUCCAAGGAGUUCCAGCUGCCAGUCGAGGCGUACCGGCAAGUCAUGCGAGCAUGUUUGAUGCAUCGGGUUCCGAUACCCGCGUACGUGCGCGAGAAGGUUGGUGGUGGCGCAACAGGAUAA